CCACAGUCUGCACCGGCACCGACAUGAAGCUGCUGCGACCCUCCAGCCCCGAGAGCCACUACGAGACCCUGCGGCACCUCUACCAGGGCUGCCAGGUGGUCCAGGGCAACCUGGAGCUCACCUACCUGCCCCCUGACGCCGACACCACCUUCCUCAAGGACAUCAAGGAGGUGCAGGGGUACGUGCUGAUCGCAGAGAACCAGGUGAGGGGGCUGGAGCUGCAGAGCCUGCGCAUCAUCCGCGGGACGCAGCUCUUCCAGGACCGCUACGCCCUGGCCGUGGUGGGUAACGCCGGCCCCACCGGCACCCCGGGGCUGCGCCAGCUCGGCAUGAGGCACCUCACAGAGAUCCUGAAGGGAGGGGUGCACAUCGAGAGGAACCCCCAGCUGUGCUUCCAGGAGACCAUCCUGUGGAGCGACAUCCUGCACCGGCACAACGAGUUCCGGGGCGAGAUCCGCGUGGAGAGCGCCCGCAACCGCAGCUGUCCCGACUGCCAGGCGCUGUGCUCCGAGGGGCACUGCUGGGGCGAGAGCCCACGGGACUGCCAGACGUUGACCAACAGCAUCUGCCACGGCUGCCCCCGCUGCAAGGGCACGAAACCCACCGACUGCUGCCACGAGCAAUGUGCCGCCGGCUGCACCGGCCCCAAGCACUCCGACUGCCUGGCGUGCCUGAACUUCAACAGGAGCGGGAUCUGCGAGCUGCACUGCCCCCCCCUCGUCAUCUACAACUCGGACACCUUCGAGUCGAUGCCCAACCCCGACGGGCGCUACACCUUCGGUGCCAGCUGUGUCACUCAGUGUCCCUAUAACUACCUUGCCACGGAGGUGGGGUCCUGCACCCUCGUGUGCCCCCAGAACAGCCAGGAGGUCACGGUCAACAACGUGCAGAAGUGUGAGAAGUGCAGCAAACCCUGCCCGGAGGUGUGCUACGGGCUGGGAGUGGAUUUCCUCAAGGGUGUCCGUGCUGUGAACGCCUCCAACAUCCAGCACUUCUCCGGCUGCACCAAGAUCUUCGGGAGCUUGGCCUUCCUGCCCGAGACCUUCGCUGGGGACCCCAGCACCAACACAGCACCCCUGGACCCCAAAUUGCUGCGGAUCUUUGAGAGCCUCGAGGAGCUGACAGGCUUCCUCUACAUCGCUGCCUGGCCACCUGAGAUGGAGGACCUGGGAGUGUUCCAAAACCUGCGGGUCAUCCGGGGCCGUGUCCUGCACAA